CCCAAGGCGAUGGCCGCGCCUGCGCAGGAGUCGGCGCGGGGCUCAGGCGCCGCUUCAGGCCGGGGCCCUUCUGGGGCAGCUGGCGGACUGUAGCCCACGGCCCCGCUCCCCCCGAACCCGCCACGAUGCACCCGUUCGGACGAGAGAGCGCCGCGGCCCUGGACCAGCUCUUCGGCUUCUUCCGCGGGUGUCUGCGGCGCGGGGAGUGGGAGCUGGCCCAGGCCUGCCUGCCCCAGCUGCACGCCCCGGACCGGACCGGCCCGGGCACCGAGACCCCGACCACCGAGCCCCACCGUCUGGAGGCCAUCCUGCGUGCCCUGGUGGCCUGCCCGACCCGCCUCAGGUGCGGGGCGGGCUUCAGCCCCCAGAAACUGGCCUGGGUCUGGCUUCUGGUCCUGGAGAAGUGGUUGGCCUGGGACAAGAAGCUGCUCCCGGCUCCCCUCCGGAGAGAGACCGAGUUCUUGCUGCUAGCGGAAGAGCUGCCAGACGACAUCUCAGAAGAUGUGCUCGAGGAGCUGCGCGAAGUCCUGGCCGGAGAGGAAGAAGGGCCGGCGGACGAGAGCGCCCGGAGGACGGAGGGCCCGGCCCCGGGGCUCAGCGCCGGGGCGGCCUCCGCCCUGUGGCGUCUCCUGACGGCGGCCCCCCGGCGGGCCCGGGCCCUGCUGGAGCUCCUGCCGGGGGAGGACGCCCGUCGGCCCUCCCGCGGCCGGCCUCUGCAGCAGAGGCUGGUGGAGCUCCUCCGGCGGGAGCUGAGGAGCCUCCGGGAGUCACCCCUCCGCUCCCCGGCCCGGGCGGAGGCCGUUUACGCAGCCCUGGGCGCCCUGCGCUGUCCCCCCGAGGGCCCGGGGCCCGAGCUGCGUCUCCUCUGCGAAGAGCUGCUGGAGGCCUGCGGGACGGACGGGAGUCCCCUGCGGGAGGAGCGGCUGCUGGGCUGCCUGCUGAGGGGGCCCGGCCGGGGCCUGGUGGCCCUGUACGGCCACGCCUAUGCCGAGCGGACCGGGGAGAAGUCCCCGGCGAAAGUCCCCCCCGAGCCGCCGGACCCCGAGAAGGUGAUGCUGGCCCUGUUCUCCGACCCUGACCCUGCCCGGUCGUGGAAGAGGGCCUAUUUCUACUGCCUGAGCAACAACAAGCACUUUCUGGAGCAGAUCCUGGUGACGGCGCUGGCCCUGCUGAAGGAGGAGGACUUCGGCGGUCUGGGCCGCCUGUUGGCCGGAGAGUUCGGGCCCCUCGGCCGCCUGCUGGUGCUGCUGGCCUGGACCCAGUGCCGGAGCCUGGAGAACGCCAAGGGGCUGCUGCGGGCCCUCCAUCGGACGCAGGACUCACACUGCGACUCGCUGCUCAGAGAUGCCUGCGACGCCCUAGGGACCCACGUGGAAGUCUUAGAGUGGAGUCUUCGGCAGAACAGUGCCAUCCCAGAGGAGGAUCUCCUGCGUCACCUACACGGCGGGGGCGACCACUCGGUGCUCUACUCUCUCCAUCACCUCACGCACCUGCCGGCUCUCAAGGAGGAGGAAGUCGCGGAGCUGCUGCGAAAGAUGCCCGCCGCGGGCCCGGCCCCCGAUCACGCUACUGCCUCAGUUUCCAGCCUUCGGGGUGACUGUCAGAACCUGACGCUCUUCCAGGGAUUCUGCGCCAUGAAAUACGCCAUCUACGCCCUCUGCGUGAACUUCCACCGGCAUUCCCGAUGCCGAGACUGCCCGGGCGGCGUCUCGGACGGCCUCUCCUCGGCCGGGGAGUUGAGCCGGGACUCUCCCGGUUCCUCGGGUGCUUCCCAACUCUUCUCCCUCUACCUGUCUCGAUGCCGACGGUACCUCUGCAGGCUUCCUGUCCCCCUGCGCCUGGAAGUGCUGGAGAAUAUCUUCUCGCUGCUCCUCGUCUCCCCGAGCGACCUUCACCCCGAGGCCCCCGGGCCCGAAGACCACGCCGAGGACGCCGACCUCGAGGGAAGGGGGCAGCCGGGGUGGUCCCCCUCAGAAAGCCCCCAGCCCCCGGCCCCGCCUGAGAGGAAGGGCAAGCGGCCUUCCCCCGUCGGGGCCCGGGGCCUUCCUCGGGCCCCGGCCGGCCGGCCGCCGGGAGGCGCGCCUCCGGACCGGAGCUUCCUCGACCUGAAGCACUUCGCCAGAGGGAGCGGAGGGUUUCUGGCGGACGAGGCGGCCGUGGAGGCGUUCCUCGAGCUCCUCCUGGAGCAGCUAGAGGAGAUCGGGGACCGGAGACGCCCGGAGGGGCCGGAGCCGGCCGAGGCCCGGGGGUCGUCGGACGGCGGGGGGGACCCGGAGGGCCGCCUGCAGCGGUUCUCCAAGGUCCUCUCCGAGGCCCAGUGGAGGUACAAGGUGGCGACCGGCAUUCGGAGCACAGACGGCCGGGACAGGACAGCAGACCCGUCGCUGGAAAAUACAAGCGGCGAGCCGAGCACGAGCACUUCUGAAGGAAGCGUGAGCGCCUCGGCCGGGGGCGGCGCGGCGGAGGGCCGGACUCGGUCCCGGCCGCGGGACCCCCUCGUCCCCGUGAUGCUGUCUCCGCCCGAGUCGCUGCUCGCCUCCUGCGUCCUCCGUGGGAACUUCCUGGAAGCCCACCAGGUGGUCUUCACGUUCGGCCUGAAGUCGUCACCCGGCGCCGGCGAGCUGACGUUCAUGGAGCGCUAUCAGGAAGCGAUCCGGGAGCUGGCCCGGGUGGAACAGAACAUCGAAAGCCAGGCCUCAGACGGGGGCGGCCCCAGCAGCGCCCACCGGAAGGCCGGCGGCGGCCGCUCCACCCUGCAGGCCAUUGGCAGCGCGGCCGCCGCGGGCAUGGUGUUCUACUCCAUCUCCGACGUGACCGACAAGCUGCUCGACGCCCCCGGGGACCCCAUCCCCACCCUCCAGGAGGACUUCUGGAUCAGCCGCAGCCAGCCGGAGCCCGGGACGCCCCUGAGGGACGUCCUGGAGGAGCUGAGUCCCCCGGCCAUGGCCGCGUUCGACCUGGCCUGCACCCGGUGUCGGCUGUGGAAAACCUGCAAGCAGCUCCUGGAGACGGCGGAGCGACGCCUGCGUCGGAGCUUGGAGAGCCGAGGUCGCAAGCUGGACUGGGUUUCCCUGAACUCCCACGGCAUCAGAGGCUUUCCGGCUGUUCUUCAGCAGAUCAGUAAAAUUCUCAGUUAUGCAUCAGCACCGCAGGGUAAACCAGAGGCCGUGGAGGAGAAGGGAGGCAGUUAUCCCCGCUGCAGCGUCGCAGAGCUCCUGCAGCUGUGCUGCCCCAGCCUGACGGAGGACUGUAUCGAUCACCAAACCGCCGUCUCCCAGCAGUUAGAGCGAGUCCUGCAGAGUCUGACCCAGGCGCUCGGCCUACCAGAACCUAAGGGCCCGCCCCUGUCGUGUUUGGUGGAGCAGGCAGCCCAGAAGAUUCAAGAAGUGGAGGCCCAUCCUCUUCAGGUCCACACACGUCUCCUCCUGAAGAAUCUGGCCCAGCAGACCCCGGCGGGAGACGGACAAACCGACUACGUGGAGGCUUUCUUCGAUUACUCAAACACCUUGGCCUCAGUGCUCCUGAGAAGCCUGAGUUCUGAGCCCGAUCAGGCCACCCGGGUGAAAGCGGGCAACCCCUUUGUCCUUCUGAAGCAGAGCCCUUCCCAGCUGGUGUCUCAUCUCCUGUUCGAGAGACAAGUCCCCCCGGAAAGGCUGGCGUCCCUCCUGGGCCAGGUGGAACUGAGGCUGAGCGUACCCCAGGUCGUCGUCAGCUGCUGCUGCGAGCCCCUGGCCCUGUGUCCGGCCCGGCGGAGCCGCGGGGCCCGCUCCCUCCGGACCCAGCUGGGCCGCCUGGCUCAGCUGCGCGCUUCCCAAAGCCUGCCGGACGUCCCGCUCCCGCCGCUCGAGGAGGCCGAGGCGCCCGCGCCUCCCCUCCCCUCCCACCCCGCCGUCGGCGACCCGCCGUCCUCCUCCCUCACCGCCUCCGCCCUGGCCUUCCUCAAGUCCCGCUCCAAGCUGCUGGCCGUCCUGGCCUGCCUCGGGGCGUCCCGGGGGCCGCGGGCCCCGAAGCCCGGGCUUUCCUGGAAGGAGUUGCGAGGCAGGCGAGAGGUGCCCCUGACCCCGGAGCAGGUCUCCCAGGAGGGCGAGGGUCUCCUGGCGCAGUUCCCCUUGCUGGAGGCCUUCCUCCUGACUAGCUGGCGGCCGCUCCGCGGAACGUCGGGCGAGGGGCAGAGCUUGGCGGGAGGCCUCUGCGCGCAGACCUGCUUCUCGCCUUUCCUGCUGGGUCUCCAUUCUCCCGCCGCCCUGAACGCGCUGACCGAGGCCUUCAGAGAAGCCCUGGACGCCGACGACUGCCCCCGCGCCCUGCGGCUCCUGGAGACGUUCGGCCAGGACGCCGAAGAGCCCAGCGGCGUAAAGGAUGCCGUGCUGAGCUGGGCCACCGCAAGCGAUAAGGAUGGCUGGCACUACCUGCUCCCUGUGAAAGAUGCCACCCUGAGAAGCCAGUUGGCCCUCCACUUUGUAGACAGGUGGCCCUUGGAACCGAACUUGGAGAUCCUGGUCUAUUGCAUUUCAGACCCGGCGGUUCCCAGCGAGUUGAAAUCCGAGCUGCAAGACAAACUGCGGGAGCUACGCGUCUAUCAGAAGAUCCUGGCUUUGCAGGGGGCCGCAACGUGGACCGACUGGCAGACGCUGCGAAACUGCUGCGUCGAGGACCCCCUGAGCGUCACGGACAUGAUUCUGGAGGCAAAGGAAUAUGAGCUGUGCGAAGAAUGGGGCUGCUUGUAUCCUAUCCCAAGAGAGCGCUUGAUCGGCCUGCAUCAGAAGCAUCUCCUUCACCUCCUGGACGGAGGAAACCACGACAAGGCCCUGCAGCUCCUGCAGAGGAUCACUGACCCCGUCGUGCGCCUGGCCGUCACAGAGUCGUCCCUGGAUCGGCACCCGGGCCUGGCCUCCUCCCACUUCUUAGCCAACUAUCUCACCACCCAUUUCGAGCAGGAGCUGACGGCGACCCGUCACCAGGAGAUCCAGGCACUCUACAUGGGGUCCAAGGUCCUGCUGACUCUCCCGGAGCCGAACCGAGCCAGCUACGCCCACCUGUCAGCCCGCCCCUUGCUCAUGCUGGAGCAGCUGCUUAUGAACAUGAAGGUCGACUGGGCCACCGUCGCCGUGCGGACCCUGCGCCAGCUGCUGACCGGACAGGAGAUCGGCUUUACCAGGGAAGACGUCGACGCUCUACUCGCCCGAUAUGCCGGGAAGGCGCUCGACUUGCCCUAUUCACUGAAAGAGAGACGAUCAGAUUCAGUGAUUCACCUUCAAGAAAUCUUCAAUCAGGUUUCAGAACCCGAAACCCUAUCCAAGUCGCCGUCCACGGAGUUUUCUCCCACUUUUCCCGGUGUCUCCAUCCUGCAGUCGCCCGGCCCGAGGGAGAAGAGCCUGCCUCAGAGUCAGUCUUGGACCGAGUUUGUGCCCCCCGACAAACCUCCGGCAAGGCAGGAGUGGAUUCCAGAUGAGACUGAAAACAACUGCAUGGUUUGCAGAAACGAAAGGUUCACCAUGUUCAACAGGCGUCACCACUGCCGACGCUGCGGUAGGCUGGUGUGCAGUUCAUGCUCGACCAAGAAGAUGGUGGUGGAAGGCUGCAGAGAGAACCCGGCUCGGGUGUGUGACCAGUGUUAUGGUUUCUACAACAGAGAAGUUACGGAAGAGGAUGCGAGCUACCUAGAAGCCCCGGUCAGCCCGGCCCCGGAGAGCCCCCCGUAUUCCGCCGUGGUGCCGGUUCCCAAAGCCACGGAGCUGGAGUGGACUCUGGAUCUGAACGAAGAGGAGAACGAGCUGGUGCGCGGCGAGUUCUAUUAUGAGCAGGCCCCCAGCGCUUCGCUGUGCAUCGCCAUCCUGAACCUACACUGCGACAGCAUCGCCUGCGGCCACCAGCUGAUCGAACACUGCUGCAGGCUGUCCCGCGGCCUCACCAACCCGGAGGUGGACGCGGGCCUGCUCACGGCCAUCAUGAAGCAGCUGCUCUUCAGCGCCAAGAUGAUGUUCGUGAAAGCCGGCAGGAGCCAGGACUUAGCCCUCUGCGACAGUUAUAUCAGCAAGGUGGAUGUGCUGAACAUCUUAGUGACUGCGGCUUAUCGCCACGUACCAUCUCUGGAUCAAAUUUUGCAACCAGCAGCUGUCACAAGACUAAGGAACCAGCUUUUAGAAGCCGAAUACUACCAGUUAGGAGUUGAGGUCUCCACCAAGACGGGGCUGGACCCCGCCGGGGCCUGGCACGCCUGGGGUAUGGCCUGCCUCAAAGCGGGGGACCUGGCCGCCGCCAGGGAGAAAUUCCAUCGAUGCCUGAGACCACCCUUUGACCACAACCAGCUGAACCACGGCUCCAGGCUGGUCCAGGACGUCGUGGGCUACCUGGAGUCUACGGUGAAGCCCAUCCUGUCGGUGCAGGACGACGACUACUUCGCCACCCUGAAGGAGCUGGAAGCCUCUCUGAGGACUCAGAGCCUCUCUCUGGAGGUCGUUCCCGAGGGGAAGAUCUUGCACAACACCUAUUACCAGGAGUGCCUCUUCUAUUUACACAACUAUAGCACCAACUUGGCCAUCUGCAGUUUCUACAUGAGGCAUAACUGCAUGAGGGAAGCCUUGCUGCACGUCCUGAACAAGGAAAGCCCCCCGGAAGUCUUCAUCGAAGGCGUCUUCCUGCCGAGCUACAAGAGCGGGAAGCUGCACGUUUUGGAAAAUUUGCUGGAAGCCAUCGAUCCCACCUUGGACAGCUGGGGCAAGUACUUAAUUGCUUCAUGCCAACACUUGCAGAAGAAGAACUACUAUCAUAUUCUGUAUGAGCUGCAGCAGUUUAUGAAGGACCAGGUCCGGGCCGCCAUGACCUGCAUCCGCUUCUUCUCUCAUAAGGCAAAGACGUACGUGGACCUGGGAGAGAAGCUCAAGUGGCUCCUCAAGGCCAAGGACCACCUCAAGGUCUACCUGCAGGAAGUGUCCCGUGGCACGGCCAAGAAGAAAUCCUCCUUCUUCCGAAAGAAGAUGAGCGCGGCUGAGGUGUCCAGGCACAUGAACACGGUUGAGCUGCAGAUGGAAGUGACCAAGUUCUUACAUCGAUGCGAAAGCGCUGGGACCUCCCAGGUCACAACCCUGCCCUUGCCAACCCUGUUCGGAAACAACCACAUGAAGAUGGAUGUUGCCUGCAAGGUUAUGCUGGGAGGGAAGAAUGUGGAAGAAGGCUUUGGGAUCGCCUUCCGCGUCCUGCAGGACUUCCAGCUGGACGCCGCCACCACCUACUGCAAAGCCGCCCAGCAGCUGGUUAAGAGGGGGAGUUACGGCGAGAUCCGGCAACUGCUGAAGUGCGUCAGUGAGUCCGGUGUGGCAGCCGAGAACGACGGCGACACCAUCCUCCUCACCUGCCUGGAAGGGUACAGGAGCAUCCCGUCCACGGAGCUGGAAGGCCUGAUCCAAGCCAUACACAGUGAUGACAACAAGAUCCAAGCCUACUUGACUUGUAGCAAGCUGCGCUCGGCCUACCUGGUCGCCGUGAAGCAAGAGCGGCACCGGGCCACGACCCUCGUCCAGCGGGUGCAGCAGGCAGCCGAGAAGAGUGGAGACGAAGUCGUCAAGGACAUCUGCGCCCAGUGGCUAGGGUCGUGCCAAGCCAGGGUCCGAGGCCAGCCCGGGGCGAGCUCCAGGAAGUGACCGACUCCCACGCGACGAGCCCGUUGGGGCGACUCAGCCCCGGAGCCAACCGCCGGAGGAGGAAAGCGCGACGGUCUUAUCCUGCUUCCGCCGAGACCCGGGGCAAUCCCGGCCGCGGUCGUCGGAGAAAGAAGAGAUCUUUUUCACGCAAGUGCCGCGUGGGUUAAUAUGAGUGGGGUUGUGUGUUUGAGAGACCUCAUGGCCAUAACUUUCUACCUCAAAGGGUGCGUGGGUGUGUGUUCGUGUGUUUGUGUACGCGCCGGCGGGCCCAAGGAUUUCUGAACAAACUGAACUCUCUUCCUGUGAGAAGAGGCACUUUAUCCUUUUGCCAGUUUGGAAACCCUUUUAGGGCACUUUGCUCCUGAAUCUGGAACGGCACAUUCAUUUAGCCCUCCCCGGCUCAGCUCUGACGUAUCCGCCUCCCCGGCUGCGGGAGCGGGAGAGGAACUAGUUAGAGCACAUCUUAACCGAAAGGUUGGGACAGAAAUCGCAGAUUGACGCAAGAGGGUUUCAUCCCUUUGCUUUUUGCCUCGAUUCCCCUCCUCCUUUCGCAGAGAGUUUGUUGUUGAAAGAAUGCCGAUUCUGGAAUAAAGCCGUUCAACUCUUUCCCAAAAUCA